UUUAUGUUAUUAAUUUAAUACAAAUGAUUCUUUAUUUAAUAAGAAAACAUAUUUCAUCUAUGCAAAAGGCACAAUUAAAAAUUAAUUAAAAAAAAAUAUCAUGUCAAAAAUAACAUCGAAAACUAAGAAUACUAUUAUUAAAAUAUCAAAAAUGAAAAAUUCCACUGAAAUAAUAAAUACAAGAUCCAUAACAAAAAUCAAAAAUACAAAAAAUAGAAAAGGUAAAACAUCUAUUUCAAAAACUAAAGAAAUCACUCCAAAAGAAAAACAUAAAAUUACAAGAAAUAAAAAGUUAUCUAAGGAAGAUAUUAAUGAUACAGUGAAAUCAGAAAAUAUUGUUACACAUAAUAAUUCUAAUAUGAAUAAUCAAGAAUCAAAAAAUAAAAAAAGAAAACUUAUUACAAGAGUAAAAAAGAAUAUUUCAAAGCAAAUGUCUUUAAAAGAAUCAUUUUUAAACCAAUCUAAAAUACAUUUUUUAAGAUCUUCUAAAAAUUCUAAGAAGUCUAUGAGUGGAAUAUCAACAAAGAAAUUAUCUACUAAUAAAAAAAAAUUACCAAUUUAUAAACAUGUUUCACCAGAAAAGCAGAAAGAAAAUGUCAGUGAAAUAUAUGAAUUUAAAUUUGAUAUUAAUGAUUCAAAUGAAAGAUUACCAAAGAAACAAAAAAGAAAAAUAGUUACUAAAAGAAAAGUUACAAAUAGAAAAAAGAAAAAUAUCCCUGUGAAACAAGUUGCUAAAAAAAAAUCAAUUAUUAAAAAAAGUGAAGAAAUUAAAAAUUCAGAUUUUGUAGAAUUUGAAAAAAAAAAAGAUUCUAUGGAACAUUUGAAUAUUAGAGAUAAUAUAUUAAAAGAAAAUUUAGUAAAAAAUCUUAAACCAAAUAUAGAAGUAAAUAAACAAGUGAAGAGUUCAGAAAAUAUAAUCAAAGAACGUACUAUUGAUGAAUUAGUUACAAAACCUACAAUUAUAUCAGUAAAAGAUUUAAGUGAUAAAAGAAUUUCAAUAAUAGAUACUUCACAAAUAUCAAAUUCAAAUGAUUUUAAACCAUUUAGGCCAACAAAUAUUUUUAAUAAUAAACAAAUGAUACAACAAAAUAAUACACUUAAUUAUUCUUUAUUUGAAAAAUCUUUAUCACCAAUUAGAAAAUCAUUAGAAAAUUCUCAGAUGCUCUGCAGUCCUUGGAGAGCAUCAUUACUUACAUUUUCUCAAGUAAAAAAUGUAUUUCAAAGCACACCUAAAAAUAAUAAUUAUGAUAUUAUUAGUAAAAAACUUGUACGAACAUUAAAUGAAUCUAAACAAUUUGGAAAUAUAACAAAAACAAAAAACAUUUUACAAAAAAAUAAUGAAAAUAUAAGUAAAGAAGAGCAUAUAAAUACUAAUACUCCCAAAAAGAAAAAUCCUUUAACUUCAAGAAAAUUUGGUACAGAAAUUACAAAUAUCGAUCACUCCUUACAAUUUAAAUCUUCAAUAGAACAAAUAAAUGAACAUAUACCAAUUGAAACUGAAAAUAUUCAGUCAAAUAUACAAUCAAUCAGUGUUACUUCUAAUGUAAAUAAUGCAUUUAAAUUUGACAAUAAAGAAAUUAAAAAAAAUAUUACAUUAAGUCCAAAAAAAAAUCUUAAAAAAGAAAUAAUUAGCACACAAGUUCAAGAAAAUAUAUUAAAUGUAAAAGCUAAUGAACAAAAAGAAAAUUUUAUUUCUCAACCUGGACCAUCAGGUUUACAAAGUAAUUCAAUUUUUAAUGAGAAAAGAAUUCUGAAACAAUCAAAUUUAAAUAAUUUCCUUAAUAUAAUGGAACUACCACAAUGCACAACAAUUAAAACACCACAUGGAAUUUUUGAUGAUACACAAUCAAUAUCAAUAAUCAAUAAAUCAAUAAAGAAAGUUAAUGAAUCUAAUAUAAAAUUAAAUAACACAUUUGGUUUUAGUGAUAGUGAAUCUGAUCAAGAGGUAUCUUCUAUUAAGCAUAAAAUUGAAAGUAACAAACAAGAAAAAUUUAUUCAAUCGAAUGUAAUUAUACAUGACAUAAAACUUACUGCAAGAUUAUCAAUUGAUGAGAUAAAAAAUAAGUUGCUUAUUAAAAAUUUAAAAGAAGAGAAAGAUACACAUAAUAAAGAAAAUAUAUUAAUUAAAAAUAAAGAAAUAAAAAAAUUACCCAAAGAAAAAAAGAAACAAAUUGAUAUUUUGAAUUUUUCUGAUACAUUUGAUAUUCUAUCUGAAACAGGUGAAACAUCUCUAGUGUCUUCGUCUAAUAUUCCACUAUUUACUGAUUUUGAACCAUCUCACUUUACACAGCCUCCACGACAUUCAUAUAAACGCAAACGUAAUGUAAAAUAUAGUUUUUCUGAAGAAGAAAAUGAAGAAGAGGAAAUGGAAUCAAUUGAACAUGAAGUAAAACGAAAGAAAACUAAUAAAUUGAAAAUGGAGCAAGAAAAAAGAUUACAGAAAUGGGUCCAGGACAUCAACAGAACUUUUCAUGAAAUAGAUCAGCAUGAACUUGUAAUUGAAUAAAUUUAUUAUUAUCAUAAAAAGAUGAAACAAAUAUUAUUAAUUUUAAAAAAAUAUAUAUUAAUAAUUUUUAUUAUUUUAUCAUAGAUAUUUUAUUAUUAUUUUUAUUAAGAAUAUAUAAAUUUUUGAAUAAUACUUGUAACAAUAUAAUAGAUUAAAGACUUUUUGUUUAUAUAAAAAAAGUAAUUUUAUAUUUUCAGCCUGUAUAUAUGCAUUUGAUAUAAAUAUAUAAUAAUAUU